GUUUUUUUCCCUCAUCCAGAGGUGUCUUACAUCAGCUCAGUGUGUCUGAAUGUGAGAUCUGAGAGAGAACUUCGGAGAGAAGGAAAGAUUCUUGGUUUUCCCAUUUUGCUUAUAUACACAAUACUUAGAAUUACGAAAGCGUUGGACAAAUGGUUUGAAAAAAGGAACCCAAGCAGAAUGAAUGCGCCAUCUCCAUCUGAGAUGAAGCAGCUUUGGAAGAUGGUCUUUCCACUCCUUAUCCUCCUCUACCUAAUAGGAGCAGUCAAGUCUCAAGUAAAUCCAGGUGUGUGUCGGUCUCCAUUAGGAAUGUCUAUAGGACAGAUCUUAGAUGAAGACAUCUCAGCUUCCAGUCAGUGGUCUGACUCCACAGCAGCAAAAUAUGGCAGAUUGGACUGUGAGGAGGGAGAUGGUGCGUGGUGUCCUGAGAUCCCAGGAGAACCAGAGAAUAUGAAAGAGUUCUUGCAAAUUGAUCUUCGUUCUCUACACUUUAUCACUUUGGUUGGCACUCAGGGACGUCACGCGGGGGGCAUCGGUAAUGAGUUUGCUCAAAAAUACAAGAUCAAAUACAGCCGUGAUGGCAGCCGGUGGAUCUCCUGGCGCAACAGGCAGGGCAAACAGGAGAUUGAGGGGAACAGGAACGCCUAUGACAUUGUGCUUAAGGACUUGGAGCCACCAAUCAUUGCACGGUUCGUCCGUUUCAUGCCAGUUAUCGAUCAUUCCAUGAACGUUUGCAUGCGUGUGGAACUGUACGGCUGUGAAUGGCUGGAUGGAUUGGUUUCAUAUAACGCUCCACUUGGCCAGCAGAUGACUCUCAAUGAACAGUAUAUUUAUCUCAAUGACUCUGUGUAUGACGGAGCCAUGAGUUACAGUAUGACAGAAGGUCUUGGACAACUGACGGAUGGCAUGUGUGGCCUAGAUGACUUCUCACAUAGUCAUGUGUACAAUGUUUGGCCUGGUUAUGACUAUGUCGGCUGGACCAACGAGAGCUUUGCUAAUGGUUAUGUUGAGAUCAUGUUUGAGUUUGACCGCACCCGUAACUUCACCACAAUGAAGGUACACUGCAACAACAUGUUCUCACGAAGAGUGAAAACCUUCCAAAAGGUGGUGUGUUAUUUCCGGUCUGAGUCAGACUGGGAGGCCACACCCAUUUCAUUCAGCCCUGUGAUGGACGAUGUUAACCCUAGUGCCCGCUUUGUUACCGUUUCACUUUACAAUCACAUGGCCAGUGCUAUUAAGUGCCAAUACUACUUUUCCGAUAUCUGGAUGAUGUUCAGUGAAAUCACCUUCCAGUCAGAUACAGCCAUGUAUAACACAACCCUUGCUCCGCCCAAGACUGGUCCUCCCACCAGCAGCCAGCCAGGGGAUGACCCCACCCACAAAGUAGAUGACAGCAAUACCCGGAUCCUGAUUGGUUGCUUAGUUGCCAUCAUCUUCAUCUUAGUGGCCAUUAUUGUUAUUAUACUAUGGAGACAAGUGUGGCAAAAGAUGCUUGAGAAGGUGUCUCGGAGGAUGCUGGACGAUGAACUAACUGCUAGUCUGUCAAUACAGAGUGAGACCUUCACUUAUAACAACAACAACAACAGCCCCUCCUCAGCGCCCAGCGAGCAGGAAUCCAGCUCCACCUAUGAACGCAUCUUUCCCCUAGGACCUGACUACCAAGAGCCAUCCCGCCUGGUCCGCAAACUGCCUGAGUUCUCUCAAACUUCAGAGGAUGCUGCAUCAACAAAUACAUCUUCCAAGUCUGCUCAAGCAAGUGCACAAGAGGGUGUUCCACACUACGCCGAGGCAGACAUUGUCAACUUGCAAGGUGUGACUGGGGGGAACACGUAUGCUGUGCCUGCCCUCACCAUGGACCUGCUGUCAGGGAAAGAUGUUGCUGUGGAAGAGUUUCCACGGAAACUGCUUACCUUCAAAGAAAAGCUGGGAGAAGGGCAGUUCGGAGAGGUGCAUCUGUGUGAAGCAGAAGGCAUGCAAGACUUUAUGGAUGAGGACUUCUCCUUCGAUGUCAUUGAAAAUGAAACAGUGCUUGUUGCCGUUAAGAUACUUCGAGCAGAUGCAAAUAAAAAUGCUAGGAAUGAUUUCUUGAAAGAAAUAAAGAUCAUGUCACGGUUGAAAGACCCCAACAUUAUCCGGCUCCUGGCAGUGUGUAUGAGCUCGGACCCUCUGUGUAUGAUCACUGAGUACAUGGAGAAUGGAGACCUUAAUCAGUUCCUGUCUCGCCAUGAGCCAGAGGGCAUAAUCGCUCUACUCAGCAAUGCCCCAACAGUCAGCUAUAGUAACUUACACUACAUGACCAUACAGAUUGCUUCAGGCAUGAAGUAUCUCUCCUCACUCAAUUUUGUGCAUCGUGACUUGGCCACCCGCAACUGCCUGGUGGGGAAAAACUACACCAUCAAGAUUGCAGACUUUGGCAUGAGUAGGAACCUGUAUAGUGGAGACUACUACCGCAUUCAGGGCAGAGCUGUUCUGCCCAUCCGUUGGAUGUCCUGGGAGAGCAUUCUUCUGGGAAAAUUCACCACAUCCAGUGAUGUGUGGGCUUUUGGUGUGACCCUUUGGGAGAUGCUUACCUUCUGUAAAGAGCAGCCCUACUCACAGCUAUCAGACGAGCAGGUCAUUGAAAAUACAGGGGAGUUCUUUCGGGAUCAAAGGAGACAGAUAUACCUGCCCCAGCCGCCAAUGUGUCCUGACCCCAUCUACAAGCUCAUGUUGAGCAGCUGGCACAGGAAUACCAAAGAACGUCCAUCCUUCCAUGAGAUUUAUUGCACCCUACUGGAGUGCAAGCCAUAGCGUUCACAUUUGUGCUAACCGUGGCACCUUCAGAGACAUUUCAGUGUGCCCACAGGACUCCAAUCAACCACACGCUACAACAGGCACUUACAACUUCCCUUAUAUAGUCAGAUAGAUAAGAAUACAUUAUUCUUUUGUAGCAAUUUUCACUGUGAGUGUGCAAAUACAAACUAAUAUAUAUUGUACAAAUAAACUAUGCAGUUUUAUAUACACCACAACUAAUUGCAUUUGGCUGGCAUACAAUAACUGUGUAGCACUAGGCCAAAUAAAUGUAGCAAUGAAUUUAGGCACCAUUAACACCAAAGAAUAGGAUUUUUACACAAUGUGUAUUUUCUCCAGAUAACUCUAUUCUAUCUAAAAUAUCUAUCUGAAUUAGAAGCAAUUAUUUUAUUUUUUUUUAAAGUUAUAAACAAACCGUAUUUCCAUCUUAAUGUUGUUUUCAUUAUUUUGAGGCCAAAGACAGCUUGAAUGUAAAUAAGAAUGCAUUUUAAUUGACAUUCAGAUUCAGCUUUGGUUUUAUCUUUAUGUCUUUGUGCAUAUGUUCAUCUCAUUUAUCUAGAAAUAUUUUGUUAUUUUACAUAUUCUGUUUUUUUUUUUCUUUAUUCUAUUCUGUAGUAAGCUGAAAAAACACUUUCAACCAAGUGGAUUAACCAUUUUAAAAAGUAAAUGUAUCUGGUUUUCACUGAAUUUCAAAACGAAAAUCUGAAAAAGCAAACCUAAUAUGGUGUAAACUUUUCCAUUGGUCAAGACAUUGUAAAAUGUUUAAUAGUGGUAUCUUGCAACCAGGCACGUGCACACAUAGACAUCAAAAGGGGCUUGAGCACCUGCCCUUUUUAUUCCUGGAGAGAAAGUGCCCUUUUUUCUGGGGUGCUUUUUUUAAAAAAAAAAAUUUUUUUAAAUAAUAUAUAUUCCUGUUUGUGCAGAAUGCGCACAGCUUCCCUGUCAAGCAAAUAUAUUUAUUGAAUAGUGUAUAUAAAUAUCGGGUCAGGAGUUCUGAAUUGCGUGAGAUUGAGGAAGAUCAAAUUAAUUAACUUUUUUAAUUAUUUUUUUAAAAAGGAAGUCAGAGUUGUGUUAAUAUAUAUACUUUGUUUAAAAAAAGUAAAAAAAUAUGUAAUUAUGAGAAGUGCCCUUUUUUUCACUUGAGCCCCUGCCCCUCAAAAUGUCUGUGCACGUCCCUGCCUGCAACUACCUACAUAUAGUGUUAAUAUUUUAAUGAAUUACAUAAUGUGUUUGUUCUUUCCCUCAUGUUAUUCUCUAGAAUCUCAUUAUGAUGGUUAAGACUUGUAAUGGUGAAAUUUAAGUUGUUUUUGUUUUUCUUUGCCCAAUACAACUUUUGAAUCAUGAAAUGUUAAUAGCUGAAAUUUCAGCAUUCUAAUUUUUGUAAAUGAGAUAUACAUUUUCAAAUUCUUUUACAGAAAUCACUCACUUACUUGCAUGAUUUUGGAUUAAAUCCAGUGUAAUAACAUUACUUUAAUACUAAUCUCACUUUUUUUUUAUUGUUCGUUUGAUGUCCAAUGUCUUCAUUUAUUCUGUUUGGGAAUGAUUAUCAAGGUACACCACAGGGAGCAUUAUGCACAUUGAUUAUUGUCUGUUUAAUGUUGAAGAUCUAUAGAGCAAAUGAAAAUAAGCUUUACUUCAGCUGUUUUGUCUUAUUUUUUUAUAAAUGUAUAUUGGUACAAGGUGGUGCUGAAGAUUUUGUUGGAUAAAUACUAGAUUUGUAUUGAACAGAUGCACUAUGAUGGUUUACAGUACGUUGUGAUGUGUUUUGGGAUGUGAAAAGUGCUGCAAAUUGGACACUUGUAAUUAAUUUGUUUACAUGUAAAUCAUUUUUGGAAGGUCACUCUCUAUGACCAUAAUAAUGAAAUUUUGUGCACCUUUUGUUGUGAUAUCUACCAAACCAUAAGAAGUGAUUUGGAUCUGGGUUGAAGGUCAAUAGCAAUAUUUAUAGCUGUAGUUUAACAUUCUUGACAUGACUGUUGAAGUUGCAUUUUAGAUAGGUCUAUGCUUCAUUUAUUCACUUUUCAUGUCUAUUUACAAAUGGAAUAAGUUCUCGUGUAUCAAUUAACCUUACAAACAGCCCUUUCUUAGGUUAUGAGCUUGUUUAUAAAAAGCUGCAAAUAUUCCACAUUCUUCUUAAUAAGGUCUUGUGAAGAGAGGAAAUAAACAUGUAUCAUAGUUUACUCUCUUGCACAUUGACAAUGUCAUACCACAAGGAAUGGGGGAAACUGGAUGUUUUUUGUUCAUAGGAAAAUUUCCAAAAUUUGUUCAUUUAAUCCUUGAAAUACUAUCUUAGUACCAUCUCUAUUGUUCACUUUCUUGCUGUAUUCCUUAAAUAGCAAUCAUGUUUUUCACUGAUAUUGUACAUGUUAAGGAAUUGUACAUAUUAUAGUCUUUAAAAUUGUAGUCUGGACAUUUUAUAAUUAUGUAACAACGAAUUUCAUACUGACAGAAGACUUUCACAUUUUUAAAAUGCGUAAGGGAUUUUAUCUGUCAGAUAAAAUAUGUGGUGACUAAAUUGGACAUUUGUGUAUAGUUUACAAUAUUAAUGUCGAUGCCAAGAAAUACAUUAAUUUAAACAUUAUGUAUACUCAAAAGCGUAAAUAAAACCCUUUUAAAAGUU